AUGGCCGACAAAGGAAGGCAAUCUCACGUCCGAACCUCACCCGCGACCUCCCGCCAUUCAUCACACCAGCAGCAGCAGAAGGAGCAGAAGGUUGAUCAGGCGUUGUCCAUCGACGCGCAGUCGGUGCGCCAGCGCCAGCGCCGGCAUGCCCUCGAUGGACCCGAUCAUGUCAAGGUAGCCGGUGACGAGCCGACAUCCUCCCCACGCGCCUCCAAGAUCGUAGCCGACAAAAUGUCACAUGAAAAGAGCCCCACUGGCGACAGCAGCGGCCCCAGUUCAGACGAAGCCAAGAACUGGUUCGAUUGCGCGAAUCGAGAUCCCACGAUCGCAUUGGCCGGCUCUACUUCUAUGGAUGAUUCCGAUUCAUCUGCCGACGACGACCGCAUCAAUGCCGCCGCCGCGUCACAAGACGACCCGUACCCUAUGAUACCGCCGGCACCCGAAACCCCGUUUCUCGCGCAAGGCUUUACCCGCCAGACGACCAGCAGCGUGACCGAAGAUUACCGAAGCGUCAUCGACGACCUUACUAUUGAGAACAAGCGUCUCAAGGAGGAGCUGAAGCGCUAUCGCCAAAGCGCCGGUCGCGAUGUCCUCGAGAAAGAAAAGCUGUUUGAAGUCAAGCUGCACGGCCUUCCACGUCGCAAGAAGCAGGAGCUUGAAGCCACGCUACGCAACUUUGCCGCUAGCCUCGGUACGACCAGCGCCUCCGGCGAGUCCAAGUCUACCUCUCGACAUAAGCGCGAGAAGUCGGCGUCAUCCAAGCACAAGAGCAACGUCGGCAUAUACUCACUGGCUGGCGCUAGCUCCAAGCAUGCCUCCACCUCCUCGUCGCGGUCGCGGCCUGUUGAUUCGGCUUAUGCAUCUAUGUCGACUGGUGCCCAUUCGUCCGGCGUCGCGUUAGCCCGGCCAUCGUUUGGAGGCCCGCAGGCGCGGACGUCGGAGCAGAAAGUCGAGCGCUAUCUGCAAGACAUUCCCGAGGGUCUGCACCCAAACUACGGCCUUCGGGCGCUCAGCGACAAAGACAAGAAAAAACUUAUCGUACGACGAUUAGAGCAGCUGUUCACCGGCAAGAUUAGUGGCCGAUAUGCUCGCCGCAAUCGAAGCAUGCUUCCACCAACAGACGGCACGCCAACAGCCCAUGAUACGACUUCUGGAUCUGGAACGGGACCUGGCUCGGGCGUUAGCGCUGCUGUCAAUGCUCUUCCUGGCUCUGGCCAGCCUCCGAAUUCUCUUACUUCGCCAAUCGUUCUGGGUUGCUCCAUGCCCCCUAGUGAACCGACGCGGGAAGCUCUCAUUCAGUCUCGACAGAACAACCAUAAGAGACAUAGUUCUCGUGAUCACUCACUUUCCAAUUCGAAUUCCAACGGAGACGAGGCCGGCAAUGGAAAUGGCAGCAAAAGUGUAAGUCGCAGUGCAGGCCAUUGGAGUGGGAAUGGCAACGGGAAUGGCAAUGGGAACGGGAACGGAAACGGAAACGGAAACGGCAAGUCACCAACGAAUGGCUCUUUGCCAGAGCAGCGACCUACUCGACCUCUCGAUCUCGAUCCGGACAGGGUACAAAUUCCUGCGGAGAACAUGGAGUAUAUUCGCCACCUUGGUCUAGUUCCUCCCGAAAUUGGGCAUGCAGACGAACAGCUUGCCAUUGACAUGGCUCCCGAUGUCGACGGCUGGGUCUAUCUCAAUCUGCUGUCCAACCUGGCGCAGCUGCACAUAUUCAACGUCGCACCGGACUUUAUCCGCAAAGCUAUCGUAGAGAAGAGUACCAAGUUCCAGCUGUCGCCUGACGGCCAGAAGAUUCGCUGGCGGGGUGGCACUGACGGCACUAAAUUCAGCAGCGAUGGCAGCAGCGGAGAAAAUGGCACCCAAAACCAAUCUACCGACGAGGGCGAUGGAUCAGACAAGAAUGGCAGGCGGAACAAGGCGAAGACAUCUGGAAAUGGUUCUGCAUCAGUUUUGUCCAGCAGCAAGAAGCAGUCCAGAUCUGGGCCAUAUGCAUCCAAGACGUCGUCAAGCUUCCACUACAAGCCGCUGUUCGUCCAUCAGACCUCGGUUCCCCUGACGUCUGUCGAAGACCUGGCCUCGCAAAGCUCGGGCGAUAUAGGCUGCAGCAUUCCUGCGGCAACAAUCAACAACAGCAACAGCAACGAGUCCAGAUCAGACAAGGAUAUGUCCGGGUCUUCGUCCCACCGCCAAAGACGGAUCUCGGACGGGGUCCUGGUCUACUACACUGGCGCUCCGUUCUGCACCGAUUUGGCCGGCGACAGUGGCGGCGACACGAGUCCAGCCACGUUCGUAACGUCCUCUGGCCAGACCCGGGAUUCGGCGCUGAGCAGCGCUGAAUCUACCCAGUCGGCCAGGCCAUUGUGUCGGACCACGUCUGGCGCUCGCGUCCAGCUUCGGCCUCUCACAGACUUCUCGACCCUUUCGAAGGAGGAACUGGCAGAGAUUGGGCUGAGUAGCGAUGACGACGGUGACAGCACUUUGAGCACAACUGUUCCACCUGACGAGCCAGAGCUGCAGUUGCUGGACGAUGCAGAAUCGGACUACUGGCCAGUGGAACCAGAGGAGCCAUUUCUGGAGGCAUCGGGCAUCGGCCGUGUGUUCCCAGAAGAUCACUUUUCCCUGGUCGUGACGACAAAGCGGCCUGUGCGUGCCGCCAGCAGCAACAGCCACGAUGGAAAUACUGUUUCUGAUGACGACGGAAACGACGAGGAUGCGGAACAUGCCGAGGGAGUGUUCUCUAUGAGUUCCCUUAUGAAGCGUCUGGCGGCACUGAAACGGCAGUCUGCCCCCAUUUCAGGGGCUGUGCCGAAACGACCGCGGUUACAUGCGUCUGGUGUCAGGAUCGAAUAUGUCUCGGCGAAGAUGAGGUACCGGGAGCCUGUUCCCCUGCCUCCACCGGUGGCGUUUUAUCGGUCAUUAAGCACGAGCUCGGAGUCAGGCUACGACGAAGCCUCAAUGAGUUCGUUGGGCGAGGAGGACGAAGAUGAGAGCAUGCUGGCAUCAUCAUCCGAGGAGAUGAUUUCGCGACGAGCGAAUCCCCACCAGUCGGACAACCACCCGUCGCCGGCAUCGCUGCCGUUGGCUAUGUCUGGUGACAGUAGCGAUGUGGAGGCGGAGGCGGAGUCUAUGGAGGUGGACAGUACUGGUGGUUUUUGA